UCACGGCAUGUCAUUUAACAAAAAAAAUGUGGAUGACCUUAUAGCCCCCAGUUCAUGCGAGAGCAGAUUUUUCCUGGUUGUGUUGGUGAUUUUGGUGCAUGUGUAGCGUAAUACUUGCAUUGUGGUGUGUAGUCUAUAAAAUAAAUAAACUUUAAGCAGAUAAACCUUGUAAUUGCUUGGCUGAAUACAUUGUUAGUAGUGUUCAACGUUGUGAAAUAGCCAACAAGUUCAAGGUUCACGGUUGUAGGCUACCUCACCAGUCUCAUCUGAGGUAGGAACGAAAGUUCCAUCGUUCAAUGUUUCCCCCGUGUGUGUGUAUUCGUGCACGGAUGAAUGCAAGCAAACAUAUCGAUUGUAUUCAUUGAUAUAAUAUUUCCUAAAUUCAUUUAAAGAACGCAGUGAUCUCCCACUAUUUUCCGAUUGUUCACGGCUGUCUUUCAAGACUUUGUUAGAUCUGCAGCCCAGUUAAAGUGUGUAAGAGGGCGCGGGUGGGUUGGAAACCAUGCCAACGGUGGUCCUGAUGGAUGCCUCGCUCUCCAUGACACGCCCAGUGUCACUGGAGGGCAGCGAGGACUUUCAGAGGAAGAAUCUAGCAGUGCACGGGCUCACCAUGCUGUUUGAGCACAUGGCCACUAACUACAAACUGGAGUUCACAGCAUUGGUGGCCUUCUCAUCUCUAUGGGAGCUGAUGGUGCCGUUUACCAGAGACUACAACACUCUUCAGGAGACCCUGAAUAACUUGGAGGACUUUGAUAAGACGUGCUUAGAGGCCGCCCUGCAGGGGGUCAGCAACGUCAUGCAGCAGGAGUGGGGUAGUGGCUGUCCCUGUCAGGUGGUGCUGGUGACUGAUGGAUCGCUGGGUAUCGGAAGGGGUUCUCUGCGCCACUCCCUGCAGACGCUGAAGCAGCGCGGGGACGACAAGAAGUUCCCGCUGCCUUUCCCUUUCCCCUCCAAGCUCUUCAUCAUGUGCAUCGCCAAUGCAGAGGAGCUCCAGGAAACAGAUGCCAUGGACAACCUAGAGCAGCUGAUCAGCCUCAACGAGGGAGAUGGACAGAUCUUCACCAUGGAGGGCCCACUCUGUCUAAAGAGUGUCCAAUCCAUGUUUGGGAAGUUGAUUGACCAGGCAUACUCUCCAUUCCAUGCAGUGUUGCAUUGUGGGAACCUGUCCUCUGACGUGCAGGUGUUUCCCCGGCCAGAGCCCAUGAUUUUGGAUGAGGAGGUGGACCCCAUCCCCAAGGCAGUCCAGACAGACUUGGAGAUCGUUGGGUUCAUAGAGAUCGGAGACAUCGCCAGCCCUCCAGUGAUCUCACGGCAUCUGGUUCUGCCCAUAGCUGUGAACAAAGAAGUUGAUGAGGUGGGCACAGGAAACACUGAUGAUGUGGAUGAGGAAAGCUCCGCCAAUCAAAUGGCUGGAAAGAGCCCAAACUUCUGCGUACUUCUGCACGGCAGUCUGAAGGUGGAGGGGAUGGUGGCGCUAGUGCAGCUGGGGCCGGAGUGGUACGGGAUGCUGUACUCGCAGGCGGACAGCAAGAAGAAGUCCAACCUGAUGAUGUCUCUGUUUGAGCCAGGCCCGGACCCUCUGCCCUGGCUGGGGAAGAUUGCACAGCUGGGUCCCACCUCAGAUGCGGCCGAAAACCCCUACGGUGAGGACGACAGCAAGAGUCCCUUUCCCUUGCAGCCCAAAACCAAACGCAGCUACGCUCAGAACGUGACCGUCUGGAUCAAAGCCAGUGGCCUGCAGACAGAUGUGCAGAAGAUCCUUAGAAAUGCACGCAAGUUACCCGAGAAAACACAGACUUUCUACAAGGAGCUGAAUCGGCUGCGGAAGGCGGCUCUGGCCUUUGGCUUCUGGGAGCUGCUGAAGGGCGUGGCCGAGCUCCUGGAGAGGGAGUGUACGAUGCUGCCUGACUCCGCCCACCCCGACGCGGCCUUCCAGCUGUCCCACGCGGCCCAGCAGCUCCGGCUGGCCAGCACCGGAGACUCGCAGCAGGCCGCCUUCGACCACAACAUCACCCCCAUGCUCACCGACUUCUCCAGCGGAGGGGACCGGAUGUAGGGGAGGGGACGAUGGGGCAGGGGCUUCUCUCUCUGAGCAUGCCCAGACAAAGACCCUUUCCCUACAGAUUCCAUCAGUACCCAUACGCACGCCGACUUCUCCAGAGGGUUGGGGAGAGGAUGGUGGAAGUAGAGGACAGGAAAGGGGCAUUUUUUAACUGACCAUGCCCAGACGAAAAUCCUCUCCUUAUCUCCCCGCCCCAUGCACUCAGACUUGUCCUGAAGGGAUAUGGGGAGGACAGAACAGAUGUGAUGUGGAACACCAUGUCCGCAGUGGAAUACACUCCCCACCAGCCAACCCCUAAGCACACCAGAUUACAAACCACGGUCAUCUCUCUCCCUCACUUUGAGCAUGCCCAGUGUUCUCUUCUCUCUGAGCAUGCCCAGUGUUCUCUUCUCUCUGAGCAUGCCCAGUGUUCUCUUCUCUCUGAGCAUGCCCAGUGCUCUCCAUCUCCUUCGCUCUCUGAGCAUGCCCAGUGCUCUCCAUCUCCUUCGCUCUCUGAGCAUGCCCAGUGUUCUCCAUCUCCUUCUCUCUCUGAGCAUGCCCAGUGCUCUCCAUCUCCUUCGCUCUCUGAGCAUGCCCAGUGCUCUCCAUCUCCUUCGCUCUGAGCAUGCCCAGUGCUCUCCAUCUCCUUCGCUCUCUGAGCAUGCCCAGUGCUUUACCUCUCCCUCUGAGGAUGCCCAGUGCUGCCCUUAACUGUGAGCAUACCUAGUGGGACAUAUUGACCUCAGCAUCAUCCCUUGAUCCACCUCAGAAGCUGGAGAGAUGGUGUUUGUCUGAGUGUGCCUAGUGGAAGAGCCUGACCUCUGGUGGCUCAGUUUAUAUUUUGUCUGUGUUGCAUCAAACAGCAGUCUAAUCAUUGCCUCAAUCAAGACAAAAGGAGUGAACUUUGAAGUGUUCUUGACCAUAACUUGAGAUAUCCUCUUCAAAACAAACAUUUUUUUAUGACACACAUACUUCCCAGCUUGUCAUUCUGUGCCAAGGAUUUUUAAAGUCUUGCAAGAGAUUUGUACAUAACAUUUUUUAAAAAAACAAGACAAAAAAGCUCUAAAUAAAAAGAUGAAUUUCCUCUUUUGGAAUAACC